GACCCACAAUAGGCCAGACGGCGCGCGCGUCCCCGAGGAACUGGAAGCCGCGAGGCGACGGCGGCAGACCUGCGCGCGCGGUGCCGCCGCUGGCUCCGUUCACCUCCCCUCCUCCUCCUCGCCGCCCUCGCUCUCCCCCGGGCGGCCGGAGACGGCGGCGGCGUCUGCGGGAAGCCGUGUGUCUCCGCAGUGACGUGGGCGGGCCGAGGGCUCGGUGACGUCAGAGGGCUGUGUGUAGCGAUGUGUGUGGGGUUCGGAGCGGCGCCGGCACAGCCGAGGGAGCAGGCGAGCGGCGGCGGCGGCGGCGGCGGCGGGCACAGAGUAAUUAAAGGAAGAAUGAACCGUAAUCCUUGAAGAUAACUGGGCAGUUUUUCUUUAAAUCAUCUUUAAUUAUAGAAGUUCAAGUGGAGUCAGAGGCUCUUCUUACUGGCGUGACGAUUUAUACAAGCCUUCAGUUUGUCAACACAGACUAACAGAUCAUCAUUUUUAGAGGAGAUACUUUUCUUUUUUCCUUUUUUGGUGUCCUUGGUGCCAGAAAUUAAAUUUGGGUGCAUCAUUUUGUCUUGUGUUUGUGUCUAGGUUUUAUGACACAAGUAAUUGCAUAAACUUUUCACUUGUUUUGCUUAAAACCAAACCAAGCCAAACAAACCAUUGCAUUGAACCUGCAAAUCUUGAAUUGAGAGAAUUGGUAACUUGAAUACAUACAUCCGAAGAAUUAGAAAACAAGCUUUCUUAGAGGUGUGCCUCAAAAUUCUUUAUAUUGGAGACGAAAUUUUAUAGCACUUGGAGUGAAAUUAUACUAGAGUUGCAAAGUCAGUUGAGUAAUUUAGGAAGAUCUCUUUUUGGAAAUUUAAAUUUUCUCUGAGUAAGUUACCAUAAGUAUUGGUAUACAUUACUUUUCUGUGUUCAAAUAAGUAAGUAACAAUGCAAAUCUCAGAUUUACUUAUUUAACAUAAUAGUUUUUAGCAAUGGAAAACCUACAGACGAAUUUUUCCUUGGUUCACGGUUCAAAUAAAAAAAUGAAUGGGAUGGGAGAUGAUGGCAGCCCUCCAGUGAAAAAAAUGAUGACAGACAGACAUGCAAAUGGAAAAAUGAUGGUAAACAAGAUGCCAACAGUAAAGAAGGAACACUUGGAUGACUAUGAAGCGCCAAUGGACACUGACGGAGAGCAUGUCAAGCGAACCUGUACCUCUGUGCCUGAACCUUUACAUUUAAAUCCCAGUUUGAAACACACUUUGGCACAAUUCCAUUUAAGUAGUCAGAGCUCUCUGGGUGGACCAGCAGCAUUUUCCGCUCGCUAUUCUCAAGAAAGCAUGUCACCUACUGUAUUUCUGCCUCUUCCAUCUCCUCAGGUUCUUCCUGGUCCACUGCUCAUCCCUUCUGAUAGCUCCACAGAACUCACCCAGACUGUGUUGGAAGGAGAGUCUAUUUCUUGUUUUCAGGUUGGAGGAGAAAAGAGACUCUGUUUGCCCCAAGUCCUAAAUUCUGUUCUCCGAGAGUUUUCACUCCAGCAAAUAAAUACAGUGUGUGACGAGUUGUACAUCUAUUGUUCAAGGUGUACGGCAGACCAGCUUCAUAUCUUAAAGGUUCUGGGAAUACUUCCAUUCAAUGCCCCAUCCUGUGGGUUGAUCACAUUAACUGAUGCACAAAGACUCUGUAAUGCUUUAUUGCGGCCACGCACUUUUCCUCAAAAUGGUAGCAUACUUCCUGCCAAAAACUCUUUGGCUCAGUUAAAGGAAACUGGCAGUGCCUUCGAAGUGGAACAUGAAUGCUUGGGCAAAUGUCAGGGUCUUUUUGCACCCCAGUUUUAUGUUCAGCCUGAUGCUCCCUGUAUUCAGUGUCUCGAGUGCUGUGGAAUGUUUGCACCCCAGACAUUUGUGAUGCAUUCUCACAGGUCACCUGACAAAAGGACUUGCCACUGGGGCUUUGAAUCAGCCAAAUGGCACUGCUAUCUUCAUGUGAACCAAAAAUACUUGGGGACACCUGAAGAAAAGAAACUGAAGAUAGUUUUAGAAGAAAUGAAGGAGAAAUUUAGCAUGAGAAAUGGAAAGAGAACUCAAUCCAAGAUGGAUACACCAUCAGGAAUGGAAUUGCCUUCAUGGUAUCCUGUUAUAAAGCAGGAAAGUGACCAUGUAUCUCAGACACAUUCAUUUUUACACCCCAGCUACUACUUAUACAUGUGUGAUAAAGUGGUUGCCCCAAAUGUGUCACUUACUUCUGCUGUAGCCCAGUCUAAAGAGGUCACAAAGACAGAGACAAGUAGAUUUGUCCCAAGACAGUCAGAGAAGCUUCACAGUAGUGGGAAACGUCAGAAAACAGCAUCUUAUCCAGAUGUAUCACUGGAGGAACAGGAGAAGAUGGAUUUAAAAACAAGUAGAGAAUUAUGUAGCCGUUUAGAUCCAUCAAUCUCAAAUAAUUCUAUAAGUAAAAAGAAACCCGAGUCUACCACUUGCAAUUUAGUCAGAGACACAAACAAGGUGGGAAUUGACCAUGAUGCUGCAGCUUCAUCUUCACUUCUUGUCAAAGAUGUAGUUUGUGAGGAUGAUAAGGGAAAAAUCAUGGAAGAAGUAAUGAGAACUUAUGUCAAACAACAGGAGAAAUUGAACUCAAUUUUGCAGAAGAAGCAACAACUUCAGAUGGAAGUUGAAAUGUUGAGUAGUUCAAAAGCUAUGAAGGAACUCACUGAAGAACAACAGAAUUUACAGAAAGAGCUCGAAUCUUUGCAGAAUGAACAUGCUCAAAGAAUGGAAGAAUUUUAUGUUGAACAGAAAGACUUAGAGAAAAAAUUAGAGCAGGUAAUGAAGCAAAAAUGUACCUGUGACUCAAAUUUAGAAAAAGACAAAGAGGCUGAAUAUGCGGCGCAGUUGGCAGAACUCAGACAGAGAUUGGACCAUGCUGAGGCCGAUAGGCAAGAACUCCAAGAUGAACUCAGACAAGAACGAGAGGCAAGACAGAAGUUAGAGAUGAUGAUCAAAGAGCUAAAGCUGCAAAUUUUGAAAUCAAAGACUGCUAAAGAAUAGAAACCUUUAAAGAGAUUCAUCUGUGUAUUCCCAACAGAGUUUAUUUUUGUUUGUUUGCUUUGCUAAUUGAAUUCUGAACAGCUUACCUGCAUGAAGAUAACUAGGCGUUCUAUCCAUUUGUAGAUCAGAGAAAGUGAAGAGAUUAUAUAUUAGUACAUAAAUUCCUAGAUUUUCCAAAUGAAUGAAAAUGUAUGUUUCUUUGUACUUUUGUUUCAACCAGCUUAGUAACAGUACUCUAUGGUUUGAACUAUUAGAUAAUCUGCUUAUAUUUCUAAUGCAAAUUUAACAGUUGUAUACUUUUUAAAAGCUGCUUUGUGUAAUGGAAGAAGUUGUGGUCAAUUUUGUUAUCUAUAUUUCAGACUCGAUUUUAGGAACAGUGAUGGCAUCAUAUUUCAGAUAAUAUAGAGCUCAAGGGGUUGAAUCUCCAUUUUUUAAUUAGCACAAUCUCCUUUCUAAGUUGAUAUACUAUACUUCUUAUAUACAAAAUUUGCUUUUAUUUUGUUCAUAUUCUGGAAUGGAUUUCCAUCAGUUCUCUUCUUUUUAAUGUCUCCUAAAAGACAUUUUGUUAGAAAAGGAAUUUCAUUGAUAAGGUUGUAGCACCCCGUGGGCAUAAUGGGGAAGAAUGAUAUGCUUUGUUAUAAUUUUGCUGCUAAACACAAGAAGCAGUUGUAAUUUGUUUUUUGGUUGAAAUGUGGUUAUAUUUAGAUUUUUUUUUUUAAUGCAGCAACUUCAGGAGAGGGAAUAAAAUGUAAAAAUUUCUGAACUUUUGUUUAUGUUGUUAAUAGUGGUGUAAAAUGUUAAUGUUCUUGAGAAAAACGGAUACCAUUAAUGUACAUCAGUUUCUAUACAAUACAUAAUCUUCCUGUACAGUUUUUAUAUGUAGUUAUGGGUCUUACUGAAAUUUAUAUAAUGGAUUUGUUUUCCUUUAAAUUGUAAAAUAUUAAAUGUCUUGAAGGUUAUUUUGGACUUUUGUAUGUUUAAAUGUUAAGUCUUAUCAAGAUUAGCACGAAUGGACCAUUUUAAUUACUACUUAAUAUCAAAAUCAGGAAUUUACAGUCAACUGAUUAGUGUGUGAUAAGUUAAUAGGAAAGUUUAGUUACCUGCUACUAAAAGAUUUUUAGAUAAUUUUUAGAUGAUAGGAAUUCCUUAGUUUGGGAGAGGGGCAAGAUGUUCUGCACUUUUUUUUUCUUUUGCACAGAAAAGUCUGUCAUUCUUUAAUGGCAAAUUUCAUAUUAGUUAUUUCGUGGCUUAAAAGAUACUAGGUAAAUUUCUUAAUAUGAAUUUUUUAAAGGCUGUUUCCUGAGCUACUAUUAAUACAUUCUUAUCCCAUGAAUUUAAUGUUUCUCAUGUUCUCACAUAAGGUACUGAAUGAAAUUACUUAAGAGCUAAAUUUAUUUUUAAAAUAUAUCAGCUAGGGUUAAGGUUAUAUACUAUCCCCAGCAUAGAAGAUAGCUACUCUUAAUGAUAUAGAACUUCAAAAAUUGGUAGAUUAUCAUUUAACCAGUUAUUUUUAUAUUUUGCUUAAUGGUACUAAUGUAUCCUAAGUGAAUUUUUGUACUUCCCAAAGUAUAGCUUCUUCACUAGAGUGUGAUCUAAAUGUGUAUUUUUUAUUUUCCAUUUAGAUUUUACUGUAUUAAUCCUGCAAUUAAAUUUGUUUAUGUUUGACAUCUUCUCAAGGAGGAACAAAUCCUAAAAUGACAUACCCGCUUAAUAUCUUUUAUUUAGGUCUGCAGGAAAAAACCACAGCUAUUUUAUGAUAUAGUUUCAUUUUAGUUGUAAAUUAGUUGUGUCACAGCUAAACUUUUUGGGAGACAAACUCAAGCCCUUAUAAUUUCAUUUAUUUUUCUAAUUCAUUAAAAAUCUUUCUGUUUAUGUUACGUAGUAAAUGAUAAGCUUACUUAAGUUUCCACCCAAAACUUCUAAAAUAAACUUCUUAACCUUUGAAAUAUGUUACUUUAAAAUUCUAAGCAGUGCUUAAACACCUUUAAAUUAUCAUAAAUUCUUAAUUUAGAAUUGAGUGAAGAAAUAUUUUUUUCUAGUUCCUCACAUAAUGAAAACUUGUCACAUGAAAUUGUAUAGUCUUCAUUUUCCAGAAGAUAAAUUAAUGUGUCAUAGGUUUCUGUCUAACUUCCUUGAAAAUAGUUUUUUAGUCAAUUGUAAAUAUUAUACCUAUUCUAGUUAAAAGUAAUUUUAAGUUAAAUUGCACCACAUAGCUUGAAAAUAAGAGAUUUUGUAAUACUUUGAAAAUGGCCUCUGCUAAAAUAUCUUAACCACAUAAACUUAUUCUUCUAUUCUUUGCAUGCUCAUCUUGUGUGUUGAUUACUAGCUUAAAGUUUGUUUCAGUGUUGUUUUUGCGUGCCAGUUCCUUAGGCAAGCAGAUUUUUCCUCAGAUUUUGUAAUAUUUUUAGGAAAAAUAUAAAAAUAUUUACUUUAAAAAGCUGUAUUAGAGGAACGGCUUAUCAAAAGUGUUAGAGCAUCUUUGGAAGGAAGAACAGAUAGAAUAUUAGAUUCCUGGGUGAUGGAUGAUUUUUAAUUAGAGUGAUGAUAGUUUCUGCAUUCUAAACUUUAUGAGAAAAAGGUACCAAAUCUGUAAAGGGUAGUAAAUGGGAAAUCUGCUGUUAUUGAGGAAGCUCAAAACCACCCUAAUUUCACAAAUGUAACUUGCAACACUAUGAAAGGAUUUGACUAACAACGUAAGUUUGGCUUGCGCCUUAGUUUUGUAAAGCAUAUUCUUUUGCUUGAAUUUCUGUGUCCAUGAGAAUUAUGCUUCUUGAACUAAUUUUAUAGCGUAUUUAAUAUAUUACCAGUUGAGCUAGAAAAUCAUUUGUACAUAUUGAAUUAAAAAUCAGUUACUAAAGUAGUUGAAAUUAGACCGAGUACAAUGAUAUUUGCAGGUUACCCAUAUAUUUUAGAAGUUAGAA